AUGCGAGACCCAAGCGUCACUAGGCUUUUCAAUGACAGUCACGAUGACCACCCUACGGGUUUGCAGGAGGUUACCGACGAAAGAUCCGGGAGAAGUAUAAUGAGAGAGGAACAAUGUCGAGAUAAUUCUAUAGUCAGAACAACAUCAAAAUAUCCAACUUCUCCAACUUCUCCAACCGACCCAUUCCCUACUCUUGAGAUUACUGCUUCUACUCCCGUCACCCCUAAAUUCGAGAAACGCGAACCGAGCUAUGAUAUUAGCAAUGUAACCAAGAAACUUACUACGAAUGGAAAUGGUAUAUCGAACAGCAUCGCCAAUGGACACACAUCGCCUACUACAACAUAUAACAGCGCAGAUAGGUCCGUUUCUGGUCGAUCUACCGAUACUACAGCCAAAUCAAGUACACGUUCAGUAUCCAAAUCGGCUACGAAGAAGGCAAGCCACGAGAGUGUUAGGAAGCUCUCUGCUUCCCAGAUGCAGGCCUUAACCUCGUCGCCCGAUUCGCUACCCAUCGCUGUCGUUCCUCCUCAGCCUCCCCAACGCAAGCCAAACGGUACCGAGUAUCCUAUGUCCGCUAGUUUUGCCGAGUCUAUAUCUCGUCCAUCAAUGUCAGAUCAGUUACGAGGGAGUACCCAGACGCCAGCCGCAGAUAAGGAUACGUUAUUGCCAGCAUAUCACGAUGCUCCGAAAACAGCAGCAGAUUUCAGACGACCCCCCCCUUCGUCACGAACGCUUUCCAGCCCGCCCAUUAAUAGGAGGUCUUCCACCGGGCCUCCUACAAUAGAAUCGAAUACUAUAAGGCGAAAUUCCUUUAACCCUCUUCCUCGUCCUCCCCCCUUAAACCUUCCAUCCGCUACGUCAAAGCCUCCCGUGUCUCCUCCGAAACUAGAUCGACCAGAUCUGCCGCCGUCUCCCGUACCACCCACCAUACCUCUCCCGCCUAUGUCUCUCCCCACCCAUCUUCAACUCGAACUCGCUGGUCAACGGCCCAGUCCUCUUUAUAUCCAUCAUUCCCACGCUACAGAUGCUCCAUACGAAUCCAGUGCUGUCAAGUUCGAACGGCUUUUGAAUGCUCUCCUCUUACCCCCGUACCUAGAACGCGUCUUGACCUUCGGCACUCUAGCAUGUCUCGAUGCGUGGCUAUACACAUUCACCAUUUUACCCAUACGGUUCCUAAUUGCUCUCGGCGUCCUUUUAAAAUGGUGGGCAUACGUAAUUGGGAAGGAAGCACGAUGGGUUGUGGGUUAUGUCUGGCAAGGCACUUGGCGCCUCUGGCAAAGAGGGAGGAGAGGUAGAUUCAAGUCACGAACCCGAUCUAACAGUAGCCAGGCGGCUAGCGAGUCGGAGAGGAGCCAGAGUCGAGCGAGGGUAAGUAGCUCCAGCACCAUCCAGAAUGGUGCCACGCGACGUCACACUUCAUCCGAGAUCACGGGUAUGUCUACCCAAGACACCCCUCGGCUAGGUAGCAACGGUGUGUUCCACCCACCGAAGCAUCCAAUGCCCAGAUCUGGCGGAUUUCGCCAUCGGAGGACAAAGUCUAUGCCCUCGAAUCUGACCUCUUACCAUAAAGCCGACCUCCUCCAAGGGUUCGUGCUCGUGUGCAGCUCCUUGGCGUUGAUGAACCUUGACGCCAGCCGAAUGUAUCACUUUAUUCGCGCUCAGUCUUCGAUGAAACUCUAUGUCAUCUAUAAUAUCCUCGAAGUCGGUGAUCGCCUUCUCUCGGCCCUCGGUCAAGACGUCUUAGAGUGUCUCUUUAGCUCCGAGACCCUGUCAAGGAAUAGCUCCGGGCGAUCUAAAGUCCUUCUCCCCUUUGGGAUGUUCAUACUCUCGCUAAUAUAUAAUGUCGUUCACACCGUGUGUUUAUUCUACCAAGUCAUCACAUUGAACGUUGCUGUAAACUCAUACUCGAAUUCUCUUCUGAGUCUUUUGAUAUCCAAUCAAUUCGUGGAAAUUAAAGGGAGCGUUUUCAAGAGGAUCGAAAAGGAGAAUCUUUUCCAGCUGACCUGUUCGGACGUGGUUGAGCGGUUUCAGUUGUGGAUUAUUCUAUUGAUCAUUGGUAUGAGAAACGUCGUGGAGGUAGGAGGCCUGUCUGUGCUGGGAGCCGGAAGUGAGAUAGAUGGCGGAGCUGCAAAACCCGGUCCGGUCCAUACCAGCUCAAGCCUGCCAAAUAGUUUCACUGUGUUGCCGUCAUGGAUACUCUCCGGCGAGGUACUCUCGCCCUUUCUCGUCGUCAUAGGUAUCGAGAUGAUGGUCGAUUGGGCAAAACACGCGUUCAUUAAUAAAUUCAACAAUGUUAAGCCGACGCUCUACAGCAGGAUGUUGGAUAUCUUAUGUAAGGAUUACUAUACUAGUGCAUUUUCGGCUCCCUCGCUGACUCGGCGACUGGGCUUACCACUAUUGCCGUUAUCGUGCCUCUUCAUCCGGGCCUCGAUCCAGGUAUACCACAUGUUCCUCGCCACGCAUAUCAACCCUCCGAUUCCAACGUCGACCACGGAGCUUUCGGUAGAGUCUUCAACACCGUCUUCGCCUGCGAUGAUUGCCGCACUAGAGCAUCUAGACACGCUUCUUAGGAACGCUCUAGGCCGGGCGGUAUAUGGAAAUCCGUACGGGUCGUCCCAGACCCGUUCAUUCUUGGCUUUCUCUUCGGAUGACGCCAUUGCCCUUCUCACAAUGAUUAUAUUCUUCUUUCUGACCUGGAUUGUACUUCUUAUCGUGAAGCUCCUCCUGGGCAUGGCUCUACUGCGGUAUUCCAAGGAGCGGUACGCUGUGAUGAAACGAAAGGAACACGCAGCAGCGACUGGCAAGGCAGAGUCCGAGAAUUUCUCGCAGCCGGGGAAGCGCAUUGGUUCAUGGGGCGCUGUCGAGGUUGGAGACGACCGUAGAAAAUGGAUAUACGAGGACGAUAAGGAAGGGCUGAAGAAAAUGCGUGAACGAGAGCGGAAGACGGAGGAGAAAUUCAAGGAGAAGGGUGACGAUGGGCUUUCUAAGGUGAUGAGGUACGAGAUGGUGGCUAAAAGGAUAUGGUGA